AUGGCCAGAGACGCAGAGGAGCGACAGCGCACGCUCGUUUCAUUUCAACGGCAACGAUCGUUCGGCUGCGGUGACGGCAACGGCGCACAGCAGCAAUACUACCGUGGCAGCAGGGGCCUUCGUCGCUUGGUGGUUGUUGCCCAUCUAGACGGCCCCUCUGGUCGCUGCAUUCCCAAUCGAGACAGUUUUGUUCAGUCCGUCAAUCGUAAGUCGGAUCGAGGAGCUUCAUGA